CCUGCGCCGCCCGGCUGCCCUUUUCUUCCCCCUCUUCCUUUUCCGCAGCGGCGCGCGAGGAGCAGGCGAGCCGGGGCAGCGCCAUGGGCCACCAGCAGCUCUACUGGAGCCACCCCAGGAAGUUCGGGCAGGGCUCGCGCUCCUGCCGAGUGUGCUCCAACCGUCACGGGCUGAUCCGCAAGUACGGCCUCAACAUGUGUCGCCAGUGCUUCCGCCAGUACGCCAAGGACAUCGGCUUCAUUAAGUUGGAUUAAAUGCCUGUCUACAGAAGUGGCUUGAGGAGACUGGCAAGAUGGAAUAUUUGGCUGGAUGAGCUGUUCUUGCUAUCCUUAUCAAUGUGUACAUUAAAAGGGAGGGGGUUGUCCACUCUGACUCUCAAAUAUUGUAAUUUCUGUUUGUUAAUGCUGACAUCAAAAUUAUAUUUAUAUGAUGGUCAUAUUUAACACCGCUUGACCUCCAAAGUCUGUCUGGUUUCUUUUGAUUCUUUAAUAAAAUGCAGUUGUUCCUCAAAUAUA